AUGAUCAUCGCUGCCAUUGCCCUGGCCACCAGUGCCUUGGCUGCCCCAGCACCCAACGCCGACAACGGCUUCAAGGCUCAAAUCACCUUCAUCGGUGCUGCCGACGCCUCUUUCUCCCAGGAAUUCCCCACAGAUGGUACCAGCGUUGAUAUUCACAACCCCCUGAGCAUCUCCCACAUCUCCUCUCUCGGAGGCGCAACUUGCACCUUCCACGGUAUCGAUGGCAGCGUCACCACUGUUGUUGGCAGAAACACUGUCGAUGUUGGACCUCCCCAGACCCAGGUUUCUGGAUCUUGCCAUGCUUUGUAA